AUGUUCAGUCCCGCCUUCGCCGUGUUCAACUUCCUCAGCAUCGCCUUCGUUCUCCUCCCAGCGGCAUGGCACUGGACAGCGCGCAACACAGCGACCCUGCUCUUCAUCUUCUGGUGUUUGGUCACGAUCGUACCUAUGGCCAUCAACAGCGUCGUCUGGUACAACGAAGUCGACAUUCGAGCUCCGGUUUACUGCGAUAUCAUCACUAAGCUGCGAAUUGGCGGCGAUGUCGGCAUUCCUGCAGCGACCCUGUGCAUCACUCGCCAACUCGAAGCCAUCGCUGCCGCUCGACAAGCCCAAUUCAGUGCGAAGGAUCGCUACCAGCGGAGGAUCGUAGACCUCUCCAUCGGCCUAGGUCUUCCCCUGUUGGUGAUGAGUCUGCACACCGUCGUGCAGGGUCAUCGGUACGACGUCAUUCAGCGCGUCGGAUGCAUCCCUGCGGUGUACUGGAGCCUCCCGGCCGUCUUCCUCGUCAUAAUCUGGCCGGUCAUCCUCCUUCUCGCCGCUGCAGUAUAUGCCGGUCUCGCCGUCCGCCUGUUCAUCGCACGACGAUAUCAAUUCGCUCGCCUCCUCGAAUCCUCGAAAAGCGCCAUCUCCACCAACCGUUUCAUCCGACUCAUCGCCCUCUCUGUCACACAAAUCGCCUACUCUCUCCCCGUCGCGCUUUGCGUGCGCAUCAUCCAAUUCACCACGAUUCCCCUCAAUCCCUAUUCUAGCUGGGACAACGUGCACUACGGCUUCAACUACGUGGGCACGGUCACCCUGCAGCAGUUCGAACUCGGGAGCAAGACGUAUUUGCGACUGCAGGAGUUGAACUACUGGCAAUACGCCUUCUCCUGCACCCUCUUCUUCCUCUUCUUCGGUCUCGGCGAGGAAUCGCUAGCCAGUUACCGUCGGUGGGGCAUGGCAGUACUUCGUCUCGUCCGUCGACGACCAGCAUCGGAGGACCAUAAGAGCCCCCUACCUCCGGCAACGUCCAUCUCCUUGCCGCCAUAUCCACGCAGCGACUCGACGGCAACGGAGGAGCGCGAGAAACGGGGUUUCACAACUACAGGCGGCGUGUUCGUGACGAUCGAGGAGAACGAUUAUGCGUCUGUUUAA